AUGAGCUACGAUUCCUACCUCUCCUACCGCCGCCCUUGGGACAGCUACAGAGGCGCCCAAUCCACCACCAAAUCCUCCAUGUCUUCCUCCCUCUUCUCUUCUCCUCGAGCUCCUCCGUCUGGGAAGAGGAUCCUGAGGCUGGCCUCCUCUUCCCUGCCAGAUGGGUCUGAGCGGAUGGACCUGGCCCAGGCCAGCUCCCUCAACACAGAGCUGCUGGGCCUGCGCUCCCAGGAGAGGGAGCAGCUAGUGGACCUGAAUGACCGCUUCGCCACCUAUAUCGAGAAGGUGAGGAACCUGGAGCUGCAGAACCGAGCCCUGCUGGCCGAGCUGGAGGCGCUGAGGAGGCGGCAGAACGACCCGUCCCGUCUGCAGAUGCUCUAUGAGGGCCAGGCGCGGAGUUUGAGGGCCAUGAUAGACUCGGAGAACGGGGAAAAGAUGCGGAUGGAGGCGGAGAGAGACUACCUGCGUGAUGUGUAUGAGCAGAUGAAGGAGCGCUAUGAGGAGGAGAUGAGGCGACGUAUGGAUGCUGAGGAGGCCCUGCAGAGGGCCAGGGAGGAGGCCAGCAGGGCCGUGCUCUCCAACUGUGAUGCCGAGGCCACUGUGGUCUCUCUGUGUGAUGAGAUGGUGUUCCUGAAGAAAGUCUUUGCAGAGGAGCAGGCAGAGCUGCAGGCCCAGCUGCAGGUGGCUAACAUCAGCGUGGAUGUGGAGGUGUCCCGGCCCGACCUCUCCACCGCCCUGCGAGACAUCCGGGCGCAGUACGAGCGGCUGGCAAACAAGAACAUGCAGGCCGCCGAGGACUGGUACAAGAGCAAGUUCGCAAGUGUGGCGGAGAUGGCCAGCAAAAACAACGAGGCCGUGCACGCCAUCCGGGAGGAGACCAUGGAGUACCGGAGGCUGCUUCAGUCCCGCUCCUCGGAGAUCGAAGCUCUCCGGAACGUCAUCGACUCCCUAAAUAAGCAACUGGAGGAUCUGGAGGAGACGCAGGCCAAAGAGGUGGCAAAGUAUCAGGUGAGGAUAAGUGAGCUGGAGCGGGAUAUCACUGACGCUAAGCAAGAGAUGGCGCGCUAUCUGAGAGAGUACCAAGACCUUCUCAAUGUGAAGAUGGCCCUUGACAUUGAAAUAGCUGCGUACAGAAAACUUCUGGAGGGGGAAGAGAUUCGACUGGCUUAUCCAUCCCUUCCCGCCCUAAACUAAAACCCAAAUGCCACCAGCCUGGCAAAAACCUGAAUUCUUCACACCCGUCAUUCCUGCCCUGACCUGAACACCACCCCUCUCUCUCCCUCAUUUCUCUUACUUUCUCCCCUCUGCCAUCUUUCCCCCAAAAAGUACUCCUUCCUUUACUCCUCCCAAAACCAAACGGCAAACCAAAGCUCAUCGUUCUCAAGACAGAUGCGCCCUUGUGCUAAACAAGAGGUCCACCAG